CCCGGUUGGACAAGAGAGAGUGGCUCACGCAAGUGUCAAAGAGACUCUUCCAAGUUCCGAAAUUGGAUGCAUUCAAUUAAUUUGGCAGAAAGGGAUUGAUACACGAUUGCCAUUUAUAAGGAAAACAUCGCGUUCAGAGGUGCUGGUCAGAGCCACGAGGGGGCAAUGUCUGACAGCAGUGGUGCUGCCAACAGCAGCAGCUGGACUGUCCUCACAGCUGAGGAGACUGUUGCUGAGACACUGAGGUCUGUAGCGGAAGGAACAGAACACCAUGAAGAUACACCCAGUCAUACUGCUGCAGAGAAACCUACAGAGAGUAGGCCUGGGGAGGAUGCUGUGUCUGCUGAAGAGUCUCACUCUGUGAAGCUACAGCAGGAAACACAACCAGAGAGAGACAAGGAUUACACCCCUGUUGUAGAGAGUCCCACCCAUGACCUUCCUUUUGACCCUGCCCCUGACUCCACCCCUGCCCUUGACUCCACCUCUGCUAGUGUUGCUCCUCAGAGCUCUCUGUUAGAAGUCCUCGCCCCCACAGGGCUUGACCCAAAUACACACAGCCAAUCCAGAAGCCUCCCUGGGAACCCAGCCCCUCCCAUCUCUGACCCUGAUUCGUUCUCUGACUCCUACACCCACAUUAGCUCCUCCCCCGACCUUGAAGAGCCCCCAGCCUUGCUGCUCAACACUGAGCAGGCGGGGCUUGUACAGGAAGCGGAGGGGUAUAUACAGGAUGUGCAUCAUCAUUAUGAGGAGGGGCUUGGGCAGGAAGAGGAGGAGUCUGAUCUGUCUGAGGUCAGGGCCAAGACAGACUCCCAUCUGGAAGCGGAGGUGGUGGGGGAGGAGGAGGAAGGGGUGUCCGGGGUGAGGAGGAGGAGGGGGUCUCUCCUGGCGGCUCUGGAGCGGAUCGGGAGGAAGGAGGAGGAAGAGGAGGAUGAGGAUGAGUUCCGGAUUCCGCAGCAGAGGGAGCAAGAGGAGACUGGUUUCUCUCUCAACAAGUGCAUCCUAGGAGCUGUGAUACUUCUGGGCCUCGGAACCAUCUUCUUCUCAGGUGUCUUCAUGGACCUGGAUGGUGAGGGGGACUAUGAUGCCAGGGAGCUGAGAGAAACUGAGGUGGUGGGAAAACAGGAAUGGCUGAAUCCUGAGGUUCCUCUUCCACCACCUGUAGAAGUUGACAGUACAGACCAACUGAAUAAACUGGCUAAAGAAGACCAACGGAUAGCUGUACUGCAAGCCCAACUCCUGGCACAGAAAGAGGAGCUAAAAGUAGCCCAGAAGGAGGCGGAGGAUGGAGGGAAGGAGAGAAAGAAGAGGGAGGAGGUGGAGAGGGAGCACGGUAGGAUGAAGAGAGAGAUGAUGACGCUCCCUGUCCUUCAGAAGGAGAACGAGAGGAUGAAGAGAGAGCUGGAGUCUGUUCCUGUCUUACAGAAGGAUCUAGAGACACUCAGAGCCACAGUGACUGAACUAAAACACAGCACAGCCAAGGAUGCAGCUCCACCUCCAGUCUCUGCCUCUGUCCCGCCCCCCUCUGGACAUGCUGGGGAUGACAGCCUGAACACAGCAGGAACGAUGGAGAGGGAGGGCAAGAAACCAGGGAAGGGAGUGAAAAAAGAGUUGAAGGAAGAGGAGACGGAUUGGAAUAAGGGAGGGAAGACGGAUUGGAAUAAGGGAGGGAAGACAGAUUGGAAUAAAGGAGGGAAGACUGAUUGGAAUAAGGGAGGGAAGUCGGAUUGGAAUAAGGGAGGGAAGUCGGAUUGGAAUAAGGGAGGGAAGACUGAUUGGAAUAAGGGAGAGAAGUCUGAUUGGAAUAAGGGAGGGAAGUCUGAUUGGAAUAAGGGAGGGAAGUCAGAUUGGAAUAAGGGAGGGAAGUCGGAUUGGAAUAAGGGAGGGAAGACGGAUUAUAAGGUUGAAAAAGAGUGGAGAAGUGGAAAAUAUGACCAGGAGAAAGAAGGAAAAGAGGAGAAAGAGUGGAAGAAGAAAGAAGACAAGAAGGGAGAAUGGAAGAAAGAUAAAUCUAGCAGAGGGAAUGAGGGAAAACCAUGGAAGGACAGAGGAAACAAGAUGGAAUGGAAGGAGAAGAGUGAGAAAAAAGACUGGAAGGUGGAGAAAGAUUGGAAAAAGGAAAACCCUGAAAGAUGGAGUGAUAGCAAGGAGUGGAAUGGAGAGAAGAAUGGAAAAGAGGACACAAAUCGAAGAAAAGGAGGUUGGAAUGAGGGCAGGGAUGAGUGGAAGGGAGAGAAGGAUGGAAAAGAGGACAAAAAUCGAAGAAAAGGAGGUUGGAAUGAGGGCAGGGAUGAGUGGAAGGGAGAGAAGGAUGGAAAAGAGGACAAAAAUCGAAGAAAAGGAGGUUGGAAUGAGGGCAGGGAUGAGUGGAAGGGAGAGAAGGAUGGAAAAGAGGACAAAAAUCGAAGAAAAGGAGGUUGGAAUGAGGGCAGGGAUGAGUGGAAGAACGACAAGGAUGACUAUAAGGACCUUGGCAAAGGAUGGAAGGAGAGAGGAGAGAAAAGGGAGUGGAAGGGAGAGAAAGAGUGGAAGAAAGACAAGGAUGACUAUAAGGACCUUGGCAAAGGAUGGAAGGAUAGAGGAGAGAAAAGGGAGUGGAAGGGAGAGAAAGAUUGGACAAAGAAAGACAGAAAGAAAGACGUCAGUAAAGAGUGGAAGAGUAAGGACAACAGGAGAGAAAAUGAGUGGUCGGAUGGAAAUAGAAAGAUGGAAGGAUUGAAGGAGGAGAGAAACGGUGGGAACUGGAAAAAGGACCGGGGGAAUGACAAGUACGAGAAGGACCACCACCACCACUACUCUAAGGAAGGGCAGAAAGAGAAAGAGAGGAGAAGGAGAGAAAAGGGCCCUCCCCAAACCCACCUCGGACUCCCCCUUGAGCAACCUGACUACUGGAGCCACCAGAGAGAACGACUGCAGCACAAACCCAACCCUCAAACCCACUGCAGUUCAGUGGAGGCCUGCGCUCAGGCAGAGGGGCUGCUCCCUGUCACCAUGCCGGAGUUUGAGGCCCUGCUCCUGGGUUACCUGGUCAAGGCAGAGAGGGUGGGGGUGGAGGCCUCCAAGAGGGAGGAGCUCAGUAAGCUAACCAAGGAGUUCUUCUGUGACGGAGUGUUCGUUCACGACCAGAUGAGCUUCAAGGACUUUGUGGAGGAUGUGGAUGACAUCUUAGAGGAUAUGGUGGAGGAUGAGGAGGUAGAGGAGGAGAUGGAUGACUUCGAGGAAGAGGCAAUGAACAGGUUUUCAGUUCCAGGGGGAGGAGAGAGGGAGAAGUGGAAGAAGGAUAGUGGGAGAGGACGGGUGUGAUGGAGUGAGAAAGGGAGUCAAUGCAUGUCAGGAGGAGCGGAAAGAUAAAGGUUGAGGAAAAUAGAUGGAUGUGCUGCAAGGUAGAAUUUAGGGAGCAACACGCAUAUAUAUAUAUAUAUAUAUAUAUAUAUAUAU